AUGCUCAGGGAGGAUGAGGUCGGAGGGAGCCUUGGAACACCAAACCAAGUGUCGCCCACAAGAACAGCCCAGCCAAGACUGACAACGAGCACAAGAAAUGCCCAGGUGAAACACGAUGCGGAAUCUCUCUGGGGGAACAGCACCUCGGUGUCGGAGUUCAUCCUGCUGGGGUUCUCCAGCCAGCCCAAGACCCAGCUGCUGCUCUUUCUGCUCUUCCUAACCAUCUACCUGGUGACUCUCUUUGGGAACAGCCUCCUCAUCACCCUUGUUGGGUCUGACUCCCGUCUCCACACACCCAUGUACUUCUUCCUGGCCAACCUCUCCUUCCUAGAUAUCAGCUACACCACCACCACUGUACCCCAGAUGCUGGUCCACCUCCUCUCCACAAAGAAGAGCAUUUCCUAUGGCUGCUGUGUUGCCCAGAUGUACAUCUUCCUCUCUCUGGGGAUAACUGAGUGUAUCCUCUAUGCUGUAAUGGCCUACGACCGGUAUGUGGCUAUUUGCCACCCUUUGCACUAUACCAUCAUCAUGAACGGGUCAGUCUGUGUCAAGAUGGCCACAAGCUCCUGGGCAUGCGGCUUCUUCUUUGCCAUGAUGCACACAGGCUUCACCAUGCACCUGCCCUACUGCGGCCCAAAUGAAAUCAAUCACUUCUUUUGUGAGGUGCCAGCCAUUUUGGAGCUGGCCUGUGCAGACAUACAGGUCAAUGAACUGGUAGAUUUUGUAUUAGGCGUGAUACUACUCAUGACCCCACUCUCUUUGAUCCUGAUCUCCUAUGCAUUCAUCCUAGCAGCCAUCCUGAGGAUAAGCUCAGCUGAGGGGAAGAUCAAAGCAUUCUCCACCUGCACCUCACACAUCACCGUUGUCACUCUCUUCUACGGUGCUGCCAUGUUCAUGUACAUGCGCCCAGCCUCCAGCUACUCACCUGAGCGGGACAAAAAGUUCUCCCUCUUUUACAAUGUGGUGUCUGCCCUCCUGAAUCCUCUUAUCUACAGCCUGAGGAACAAGGAGGUCAAAGGAGCCGUACUCAAAAUGAUGGGUAGGACUGACCAUUAA